CACACAUACACACACAAGAUCGCGCCGCCGUGAGGAAUACUAAUCAACCUGUUUGCCGACAAGUGCAGCAGCUCGGCGCGCAACUUGGGACUAGAAACGUCUCUGCCGGGUUUGAUCUAAAAACCCAAAUUUCAUCACGCUCUUGUACUGCAGCCCUCUUUGAACGAACCACGGCUGUUAUCACUCCAGUCCGUGUCCCUGUCUCCUCUGAUGUGCGACACGCAGAGCGUGGAUCUGGGGAGAGACGGUCCACUGCUGCGCCGCUUCUAGCAAGGGAAGCCCCCACGCGUUGCGCGCCCGGAUCGCCGGUAUAUAGUCGCGUCGCGGAGUGCGUGUGCAUGCGCGCCAGGCUCUAAAUGUGUGUGUUGGCGCACGACAAAGCCCCGGGCUCCGUCCUCAACAGUUGCUACCAGAGCGGCGGAGAGGAGAGGAGGAGAGCGAGAGAGACAGCAGACUGAGGACGGACGGACGCGGAGCCCCACGCCGCUCUGCCCGGCUCUGCUCCUGACAUGCAGUCGCUCAUCUCUCCGGUGACCAAGGCCAUCCUAGUCGCGCUCUUCAUCUUCGCCAUACUCCUCAUUCUCUAUGUGAUCCUUUGGUACAUUUGCAGAGACGUGGACUGCGACCACGGCAUUUGAGGAUUCCGUUAAAACGGGAGUAACGGGAAUAUCGCAAUGGGGCGCACAGAGGAGCCCGCAGAGUCCAGGAUCAUCCCUGACUGCUCACUCGGGUAUACGCCCUGACAGAGAUGCUGUCUGCUCUCCGGUUUUAUCUUCUGCCAGCUGCCAGGCUCUACCUGCUGGGUUUGAAAGUCCUGUUGGUCCAGCUGUUCAGCAGACCUCCGAGGUUGCCAGUGAUGCCCAGACAAGAUGGCAAGGUUGCCAUAGUGACAGGAGGAGGCAGGGGAAUCGGCUAUGAGGUUGUCUGCCACAUGGCCAGACUGGGGGUGCAUGUUAUCAUAGGUGGGAGGGAUGAGCAGGAGGGUCUUGCAGCCGUCAGAAGGAUCUGUGAACAGUACAAAGAGGCCAAAGUGGAGUUCAAGAAAUUGGACCUAGCGUCUUUGCAGUCUGUCCGUCAUUUCGCCCAGAGUUUUAAAGAGCGGGACCUGCCUCUAAACAUUCUGGUUAAUAAUGCGGGUGUAAUGCUGGUUCCUGAGGGUCGCACUGAGGAUGGAUUUGAGCAGCACUUUGGUAUAAACUACCUGGGCCACUUCCUGUUGACGUGGCUGCUCCUGGAUACACUGAAGGAUUCUGGGAAGUGUGGUCUUGUCUCCCGUGUGGUCAAUGUCUCAUCCUCAGCCCACCGCAUCGGAGAGAUCCGACUAAAUGACCUAAAUAGCUGCCAGCAUUAUUCAGCCCACGCUGCUUAUUGUCACAGUAAGCUGGCCCAGCUGUUAUUCAGUUCCCACCUCCACCAGGAGAUGCAGAGUGGAGGUUUCCCAGUGAGUUCAUGUGCUGUGGAUCCUGGAAUGGUGGAUACAUCUCUGUACCGCCACCUCUGGACACCUCUCCGUCUGGCACAAAGUGUCAUCGCUGGCCUGCUUUUCAGGACCCCUGCAGAGGGCGCUGCCACGGUGCUGUCAGCUGCUCUGUCACCGGUCCUGGAGGGGGAUUGUGGAGGAGGCUACUGGGCCAAUGGGCACAGGGAUGUGACUACACUAGCCUUUGACCCCCAGUUGCAGCUGAGCCUAUGGGAAAUCAGCCUCCAGUUGCUGGGCCUGCAGUAGCUCGGGACUAAAGGAUGUCCAACAGGACUAAACCCAUCUGAAAACAUCUAACAAAGACCCUAAUCUCGGGCCCACCAGCCACCUUCUCCCUUUUUUUUUUUCUCAGUCUUUUUUCUCCGUCCAUACCUCACAUCAAGGCGUUGGUAGCAAUUUAUGUUGAGAAGGUCACAGUCCAGCGAUGGACUGUGAUUGGUUGUUUGUAGAGUGAAACCCUCCUUUUUGUUCCAGACCUGCCAAAGAAGGGCUACAGGGGAUGGAAGACGUGUUUUUUCUUUUUUCUUUUUUCACUGUGAACAAGCAAACAUAUAUGCACACAUAGAACCACAACCUAGGGUUACAAUGAUAUGUAAUUUUGCUGUCAUAGAUACUAGGUAGUUAAUGAUACUGCCAUCCAGUCGUGAGUCAGAUAUGAGUUAGUGUCGACCAUCUUUGAUGAAGCUGAUUCCCUGUUCAUAGCAAACCUAAGAUGUCCAAACAGUGAAUUUGGCGUGCUCCAAAACUCUGCAAUAACACAUGCCUCACUCUGCCUUAAUAUCACUAGGCUGGCUUUCAGUAAAGUAUUUCAUUGUCCACAAUGAGCUCAAUGCUGCUUCAGAGGCUUUUCAAUAAUAAAAUACUAGACGAACAGUAAAACCUGUUUUGGGAGUAGCUUAAUCCAAAUGCCGAAUUUUGGCGUAAUAUAUCGGCUGCAAAAUAACAUGUUGGUCAAACCCUAGCAUACGGACACAUUCACACACCAUGACAGUGAUCUGAUCUAACCCGCCUUGCUACGGCGGGGGAAUGUGAUGUCAUCAGUUUGCUUUGACACAUCACAGUGAAUUCUCAGAUCGUCUUGCCAUCCCGCCUCUUUUACUGGGAGCACUUUCGUUUUUUUGUUGUUUUUUUGGGUACAUUAUUGUGCUUUCACUGCUGAAUUCUCAUGUUAUCUGCUGGUGGUCGCUGUCUGAUGAGCUGUUUUCAAGAAGGUGAAUUCAGUUGUACUCAUGCAGAUGCUGAGAAAACAUAAUCAACUCCUCUUUCCUCUCUCUCUACCGCACAACAACACAACAUUAGACAUUCCUAUGGACUGAGGAUUUGGGGGGAAGACACUGAAAACGGAGGAGAUCCUAUAUAACAGUAGGCCUAAAUCUGGAAUAAUUCCCCUCGAUCUGGGACUGAUGAAAGACUUGGUUUUGUUGUUGGGAAUUUUCCUGCUGUUGUCGUUUUCUGAACCCAGGAUUUCCAAAUGUGUCUGGUUGCUUUUGUGUGCUCAAAAAAAGGAUGGGGAACCAACCUCCACUUGAUUCUGUCACCGUUUUCCUUUGUGAUCUGUGUUAAUCGCUUUUACUGUGUCUAUGAUACGUGUGUGUGUUUUAUGCACACAAGAUAAGAAUUAACUCAUGUAUAGACCCAAUUCAUGCUGAUGGGUAGCACAACAAUUGCUAGUCCUGAAGGAAUGGCGACGAGAACGAAAGAGAGAGAGAGAGGGGAAGCACUUUUUUUUUUCCAUCAUUCAAACUGUGAUUGGUUCCACAUUGCUGCUGCUACUGCAGCUUCCUCAUUUGGCGCUGCUCCCAGUGCAUUGUGGGAUUGAGAUUUCCCAGUGGUGAGAAUCAAACUCCAUCUGCUGAGCUGACAACACACUCAGAAACACUGGAAGCAGUACAUCCAGGCACAGGCUUAUCCAAACAAGCACACAGCAAACAAACAUGUCUGUCCCUCAUGCAGGAAUACACUCACACACAAACACACACACACACACCUACAAAUACACACUGCACCAUAAUGCCAUCUCCACUGUGAUUAACGCAUUUUAGCUGUUAGGAUGAAAAGUUGCAUCUGAAUUGAACAAGUUUUGGCUAAAAUCUUUAACCACAAGUCAUUGCUCUAUGUGUAUCGUUGCUUUGAAUACUGCCACUGAGCAUCCAGCAUUCGUUAUUAUCUGCCGUAUGUGAAGCAAUAGUAUCACUGUGGUAGCUAAUUCAGCCAGUGGCACGGAGGCAGACAUUCAGUAUAGGAGCAGAACCCAAGAGUGUGAAAGUGUACAAAGGAAAACUAUACCAGCUUCAAGUUACUCAUAUAUCAGGAACAAAAAAAAAAUCUGUCUGCAUGUAUAAAAAUGUUUAAUGAAGACAUUAUCAGUGUGCAAGUUUUUCAAGCAGUUGUAAACGUGUCUGAUCCUUUAAGGGAACUAAAGGUCAGACUGAAACUGCUCGUCCCUCCUAAAAGAGAAAAUUAAAAAUAACAUUAUGUCUGACCUGUUCUUGGCAACUUGUAAAUUCACCAAAAGUAGGUUGGGAGAGCUGAGUCUUGGCUUGUUAUUGUUCACAGAACAUGGAAGCGUUCACCAGACAGUUUCUCACGAGUAUUACAAACACUAACAAUAUGGCGCUAUAGUCAUUCAACUUAGGAUUUAUAAAUAUGUAUUAAUUUUGAACGAUACGCUUUGGGUAAGAUUAAGGAGACGAGUCAAAUAUAGUAAUAACACACUUUUUUUUUUUUUUAAUGUAGCAGCUUACAAAAUUAGAGUUGCAUGGCGCUUUACAAAAAAGAGCCACCCGAAAAUCUUAAAAAGUAACAGUAAAACUAGAAGUCAUUAAAAUGACCUAAAGCCAAUCUGUCUGGGUGGAAUUCUAACAGCUUGACAACAAUAAUUUUCCGAUCUAUAUACGGAGUUGUGGAGAAAAAAAUAAGUUUGCAAAUUAUAAUUGCUGAGUUAUUUGAAUGUUGAUGUGAACUGCUUGUCCUGGUCACUCCCUGAUAUUUCACACGACUGAUAUGACUUGAAGGCCCCACAAGUCCAGGAAAACACUUCCCAGCUUGUCCUGAUUGGUUCCUUUUGCUUUCUAGAAUUACUUCUAAGCAAGUUGUCAAACCUCAAACAGCAGGUUCUGACUAAAAUGGGACGUCUAAUAUUGGAAUUUAGAACAAACACCUCUUUAGUGUUUUCUCUAUUAGCAGUUGCCUCUAAAUGCCAGCAAUAUUCCUCCGUGUUUGAGUGUUUUUUUUCCCUCUCCAUGUUGUCAGACUUGGAAACAGUUUAUUGCCUCAGUGCUUCCUUGUUUGACUGUGUGGUUCCCUUAGGCUACAGUAAGGCACCGACUAAAUAACAACCAACAAAACCCCUAGUCCCACUGAAACAAACGCGCUUGCUUCCCUUCUUCACACAAACGAAAACACCAGCUUACUACUCAGCAGCGCUCAUUUACAGAGUACAAGUCUACAAACAUUCUGUCAGAUCGUGUUCCUUCUCCGUCCAGCAGUAGUUCUGUUCAAACCUGAGAGAGGGAGAAUCGGAGAAUGUCGCCGUCUUUCAAUUCUGAGCACAAGGCUUUCCAAAGACGAGUUGAAGGAGGUGUGCGAGGGUCUGCCUUCUUGUUGUGUCAACGCGCAGAAAGUGGCUGCUAAAUUAUCAAUGAUUACCUGGUUAUAUAUUUAGCGUCCUCCUGAAGCGCUCUGCACAGACGGGGACGACGAGGGGGGGAGUUUCCGAACUUGAAGUGCAAAUAUAGAAAAAGAGCAAAAACAGCUCAAGUAACUGUCUGUGAUAUUGUCUGUAUGUGAUUUACUUGUAUAUGAUCAUUUCAGAGCGUUGGAAGAGCCCACUGGAGAUGUGUUUAGACUGAAAAUGCUCUAAUAGCCAUUCCUCUGACUGACCUGGGAUUACAUUUAUAUUAAAUGUUCCAGUCCCAAGUUCUGCAAAUCCUAAAUGUGUAUAUGUAUAUGAAGAGAUAAUAUAAAGAUGUAUACGGGGGGAACCAGAUGAACUGAGUCCUUACUCUGGUACUGUUCCAGUUCAAAGAAAACACAUUCAUUUUUCUGUCUUUUCUUAUUUAAUGCAUACACCCCCUGUACCAUGUACUCCUUUGAUGCGACCUUUAACUCCAGUCCCUGGAGGCCACACACACACAGAUUCAAUCCAUUGUAAACAUUCAGUGCAUCUGGGCCCCUGAGGAUUUAUCAAACGUGCAAGAUCUUUUAUUUUUACUCAUUAUUUUUGUUGUCGUUGAGAUACACAUCUUAUUGCUUUUGCCGUGCCUAAGAAGAAAAUCUCCCUCAUACGUGUGCAACUGUGAAUUUUUUCAUGUAGAAAUGAACUUGUAGAAACUGUGAUACCGUCUUGUCCUGUGCAUUGCCGUAAGUUUUUCUCUCUUUGCAGCGAUGGGAGGUCGAGAGUGUGAACGUGUGAGCGAGCGAGUGAGUGUGUGUGUGAGUGAGUGUGCAUCUAGAUAAGGGAGUCGAUGUCCAUGUUUUUUGUCAAUGGUUGUGACAUUCCAGCAGCAGCCACCACCUUUUCUAUUAUCCAAAGCCUCUCAAUAAACAUAUCAUUGUGCCA